GUGCCGAAACGACAAGCGCUGGUCCAUCUAAUUGUGUUGGCAGACAUUACUCGUUUGAAGAUAUUUUAUAAGAGGUGGUUGGGCAGCUGCCAUUGUAAAUUUCAACGUUGAAAAACAAUACAUAUUUGUAAGAAGAUGUCUGGAAAUUCUACAUGGUCGGAUUGGAAUAUUACUAAUGUGACUACGAACAGCUCGAGUCCUCUCGUAGACGAAUGUGGGACAGUGCACGAUAUUGGCCUGCAUAAGCCAACCAGGCUUGCGAUUCUAUACCUUACAAUUAUAAUUGGACUGAUUGGGUUUUUUCUUGUUUUGCUGUACAUGUGUUGCAAUCGUCGAAUAUCACCACGAUUUAAUCACUUAUCGAGGGUCAAUGCGUUCAUCCUGAACUUGACAUUUGCCGACCUUCUGGUGAUACUUAUUGCGGUGCUGCCACAACUUGCAUGGGAGCAUGUGGACAGAGAUUGGUCUGCCGGCCCGGUUAUGUGCCGCAUUGUCAAGUUCCUGCAAAGUUUUUCUAUGAUAUCCAGCAAUUAUAUCCUCGUCGUCAUCGCUAUUGACAGGCAUCAAGCUAUUCGGGCACCGUUGAAAGAAUCGUGGCCGAUUUGGAAAAUGGCUGGGCUAGGCUGGAUUGCCGCCGCGGUGUGCUCCCUUCCAAUGUUUGGAAUAUUCCAGUUAAACUAUGUUGAUGGACAGACACGUUGUGAGAACAUCUUCAGGGGCAAGCCGAACUCACACCGACAGGCAUGGAUCGCUUACAUAUGCUUCUCUGUGUUUUUCAUACCACUCCUGAUUUUAAUUAUUUGCUACAUUCGAAUCUUUAUGAAAGUCGCACAAAAAGCUAACGAAAACAAAAAUCGAAAAACGUUAACCUUUAAAAGACAAACGGGCAAAGUUUACCUUCAAAGCACAAAGUCAACGUCGCUCCCGCGAGCGAAAACCAAAACACUUAAACUAACUUGUGCAAUUAUUGCAACAUUUAUUAUUGCGUCCAUGCCUUACUUUGUUGUUGAAAUGAUAAUGUCGUUUGGAAACCACUGUAUUAUGUCAAAAUCACUCUACGCACUGCUGGGUGGCAUGGCCGCAUGUAACUCAGCUGUCAAUCCCUUCAUCUAUCUGGCGUUCAAUGUCACAUUUGCUUGGAUACGUGACGUCCGUCAGCGAUACCAUGGAGCAAGAAGGAAUAAUCUACGGUUUGUGUUCUCGGCUAAUUCCAGUGUGGAUUCUCAGCCAUCUCUUAAACAUUUCGCUUUGGGAAGUACCACCAAUACGUUUGUUAAUUAGGACACGGAAACUAUUAUGAGGCUUUCUUUCACAUAUUUUCCAUUGAACUUAUCAUUUGUAAUAGCAUGUGUAUCUGGCAAAAACGUUGCUUUAAUGGAAUUCAUAAAUAUCGAUUUUAGUAUGGGCAUUCAAAUCAUGCGUUAUUGUUUAUAAACCACAAUGUUUACAUAAGUUUUGUAAAAUACACACCCUCUCAAAAAGGCGUACAUGUAUAUAUUAUUUCAUCAAUGACAUAGAUAAAAAAAACUUAUUUUGUUGAAAAACUUGUAUAAUAGUAAGAUACACUCGUAGAUUUUGUCCGAUUAAAUUAUAUGUUAUUGUAUAGAUAAUUACGUUCAUAUAUCAUGGAUGUUACAGUUAUGUUGAAGAACCCAGAAAUGCUGGAGAACGGCGAACAACAUAUGAAAUAUGAUACAAUAGUUUCAUAUAAAAUAUAACAUUCAUAAAUAAAUAAAAAGUUGGUGGCAGAAUUAUCAAUGUUAAAGAAAACACAAAAUAGUAUUACUUGGAAAAUAAAUUUAAACAUGA